AUGACUUCGUUUGAUACGAAAUACGACAUGUACCCAGCUGGGGAUGUGGGAGUGAUAGAAGGUGAAAUGAACAUACCAACAAGGGGUGGGCCCUCAGGAGACAGUAUGGAAUUUAAUACACUUGAUGAACCCAUCAAGGAGACAUUUAUGCGAGAUCUGAGGGCGGUUGGCAAUAAGUUUUAUCACGUACUAAUCCCGAGAGAAAAGACAAGUUUGUUAAAAGAAUGGGAUCUGUGGGGCCCUCUCCUGCUCUGCACACUGAUGGCCACGAUCCUGCAAGGCACAGAGAGAGCCGACAACUCCAACGACGGUGGCCCUGAAUUCGCAGAAGUCUUCGUUCUAGUCUGGAUAGGAGCUGCCAUUGUCACAUUAAAUUCUAAACUACUGGGUGGAAAUAUCUCGUUCUUCCAGUCAGUAUGUGUCUUGGGCUACUGUAUGUUCCCAAUUGCCCUCUCCUUGGUGAUUUGCCGCAUCAUACUGUUCAGCACACAAACCACAUUCCUAUUUUUCUUGAGACUCGUUAUAUCUAUGUCGGGCUUCGUGUGGGCCACGUUUGCUGCAACAAAGUUCCUGGGCGAUAGCCAGCCUGACGGCAAAAAGGCUUUGGCCGUUUACCCAAUAUGCCUGUUCUACUUCAUACUGUCAUGGCUGGUCGUGUCGCACAGUAACGUCUAA